CAGAGAGGUAGGGCGCGCCCAGAAAGAGGGAUCGUUGUCCUUCGCUUUUAGGGUGCCCGGAGGAGGGUGCAUGUAUGCAAGGAAGGAUGGAACAAACUCAGUUGCUGUGGGAUGGAGAAGGCGACUCCACGGAUGGGUCUGAUGCUGCAAGGGAGACCCCUAACCCAGUGGGACGCCUGCAUCUGCUGAGCAGCAAGUAUGGCCCUGAGAAAGAUUUCUGGAUCUACCCUGGUGAGAACACCAUUGGCCGCUUGGAAAGCUGUCACGUCUGCUUGCCUGCCAACUCAGUUUCCAAAGUGCACGCAGUGAUCGAGGUGCCCUCCUCCCACGGCCCCCACCUUUUGUAUGAUCAGGGCAGCUUGAACCGGACUCGGCGCCAGCGGAUGAACUUAAUCCCACAGGUCCGGUACAGCCUCCAGGAUGGGGACACCUUGCUCUUUGCGGACGUGGGAUGCCAGUACUUCAUCCUGGUCCCGGAGGCUGAUUAUGACUCCCAUGAUGACUCCAUGGCCGUGCCACCGACCCAGGGGAGAGUGGAGGCCAGUGCGCUAGUCAUUGAGGAAACGCCUGCGCCAGGCAGGAAAAUAGGCUUUGGGCAGGUUUUGGUCCAGGAUUCUGACAAGGAAGAGGAAGGGGAGGAAGUGAUCAAUGGGACAGGAAGCUACCUGCACCACGCAUCAAAAGAUGAGUCUGGUUGCUCUAACAAAAAUGGCACAGGAGAAGGACAAGCGAGUUUGGCUUCCUUUGGUGUCUCCUCUCUUUCAGCUACUGUGGUGCCUGAAAGUGAUGAUGAAAAUGGAGACCCUCCCGUUGGUGGCUCACCCUGCCCUGCUCUGCGCCUUUCCUUUGAGAGCCAGGAGGCCGAACGGAGCCCCGUAGAGGAUGGUGGUAGUCCUUCCUCCAACAGAGAAGACUGUGGAGAGCCCAUAGAUGAAGAGGAGGCAGCUUCUGCAGAACAUGGCCUGGUGGAAGGCUUUCAUUUGGACAGCGAUACAGAUGUAGAGGAUGAAAACCAAAUGAAUCGCAUCUCUGAAGUGCCAGCAUCGUUGGACCCGGAAAAAAGGGACAGGGCCCCAGAAUUGGACCCUGACACUGAUCUGAAUGAGUCUUCACUGGUGGCUCCAGCUGUCCAUUGUCCCCAAACCCCAAUGGAGCUGGGCAGUGAUACAGAUGCGGAGGAGAGCGUAGAAAGCCCAGCUGUCUCCAGAUUAAAGCUCCCCUCUGCUUCUAUGGAAAAAGAAGAGGACGACACCAAUGCGGAAGCAGAAGUGGAGAACCCAAGUGUUGUUUGUCCAGGAAAACAUGAGCCUGUUCCCCCAAAAGAAGGUGCCUUCAAACAGUUGGAAGACAAUGAAGAUAACGCCCAACUUGGCGGGAGAAAGGAUGAUGAUAAUACAGAUGUGGAGGAAGAUUUGGAUAAUCCAGAAAGUGGUGUGAAUACCCUGCCUCCCACUGUCCAUAAAGAUGUUGACACUGAUGCGGAAGACUCAUCUGUCAAGGGAGAGACUCCAGGUAGGACCAAGAACAAUGGAGUUGGUGGACACAGUGAUAGUGAAGAUGUUGACACAGAUGUGGAAGACUCAUCUGCCAAGGGAAAAACUCCAAGUAGGACCAAGAACCAUGUAGUCAGUGGACACAGUGACGGUGAAGAUGUUGACACAGAUGUGGAAGACUCAUCUGCCAAGGGGAAAACUCCAAGUAGGACCAAGAACCGUGUAGUUGGUGGACACAGUGACGGUGAAGAUGUUGACACAGAUGUGGAAGACUCAUCUGUCAAGGGAAGGACUCCAAAUAGGACCAAGAACUGUGUAGUUGGUGGACACAGUGACGGUGAAGAUGUUGACAGAGAUGUGGAAGACUCAUCUGCCAAGGGAAAGACUCCAGGUAGGACCAAGAACCGUGUAGUUGGUGGACACAGUGACGGUGAAGAUGUUGACACAGAUGUGGAAGACUCAUCUGUGAAGGGAAAGACUCCAGGUAGGAUCAAGAACUGUGGAGUUGGUGGGCAAAGUAAUGGUGCUGAUACCAAGGAAGAAACAAUUAAACCCCAGCUGGAGAAUUCAGAAGAUACUUGUGCUCAGAGGACCUGUUCUUCAAGUGGUAAGGAGAGCAGCACAGACAUGGAAGAGGUUUCCCUCAAGAAGAUUGAGUCAGGCGGUCAUAGUGUCAGCGAGAGACACGGUGAUGUGGUUGGGGUGACAAAAAAUUCUGAGGUUGAACUCGAGAUGAGUUAUGAAGAUAGUGACAAAUCUCCUAGGGACUUUGACAAGAAGGAGCCCUCGCCGAACCCUAUGCAACCCAACCUCCCCAUGCUCUUUCUAGGUAGUGAUACAGAUGAGGAAGAGGAGGCAGGUAAUCCAGAUGUGGAAUCAAAGAAGCGCCCUCCAGUCUCUGGUGCAGAGUCCAGCAAAGGAAGUAGAGUGAGCUGUUUGGGGGAUUCAGAUGUUGGAUCUCGAGAAAAACCACCCGACCAAGACAAGGACAGUGAUAUUAAUGAGGAAGUGACAUCUGUGGGUCAUGAUAAAUCGAGGGCUCAGGACAGCGAUACAGACACGAAAGACGUUGCUCCAUUUUUACUAAGAAAACCCCUAGAAGUGAAAAGCUUCCAGAUAAUAAUCCCAGGGAGAUCCCAGGUGGAAGGAGAGCCGUUGGCUUCCUCCGCAGUGGGUAUAGGAGGAGCCUUCAAACCUCGUGAAGACAACGAAGACACAGAUGCCGAGAGAGAGGAAUCCUAUUCAGCAGAUGAGAGCAACACCGAUGAUGAGCUUGAUGUGUCCUUGCAAGCUACACAGUGUUACCUGUCGACUGAAAGCACACCGUCUGGACCUGAAAAAGCUGGAGGUAUCACAGCUACAGUAUCAGAUUCCGAUUGUGCUCUCGAAGAGGAGCCCACUCAGUCCUUUGACUUCAGCCCACACUUUUUACCCACUAAACAUCAAUUCAGGAAUGUAACCAGCUCACCUUUGAAAGACAACAGUUCUGACCAGGAAGAUGACAUCCUGGAAGCUACCCAGCCAUUCUGUGAGGAGCCCGAGCAAGUCUCAGCAGAGCCCUGCGAAGCCUUGACUGGCAAAGAGAAGCGGCUUGCCCAGGACCAACCUGAAGAGGACAAAUGUUUUGAGCCGGUGCCUCAGCCUGACUUCCCAGCUGCAACCUCUCCAGGAGAAGAAACCACCUCCAGUCUUCCAGGAGACCACCUUCCACCUCAGGCUGUGGCGUUGCCCUCUAUGCAGUCCCCGUUGCAGACACCAGAGGGCGCCCCUGAAGAGGACCCUCAGCCUCUCCCUUCUGUGCAAAUUCCCCUUGUGGCCAGCAAGGGGUCCUUGACGCCACAGGAAGAAAAAAGGGUGGAGGUUCUGGGAAGUGGAAGCCCUUCUUCCGAGGUGGUGCCGAGACAGAGUGAGGCAACUCCUGUGGGUGACGGUGUGGAAGAAAACUCGGAAUUAGUAAGAGAAACAAGGAAUACUAAGAAGGUGUUGGUGCCAACCCAGGAGGAUCCGGUUUCAGCAACGCUCCCUGCCCGUGAGUUGCGGCGCAGUCUGCGAUCUUCCACCACUUCCCCUUCACCCACCCAUGUCCCAGAAAGACGAAGCCUCCGCCGUCACGGAUCUGGGGCUGUGGUUGCAUCCAGCACCCCGGCUGCCCCAGAGACCAGGCGUAGGGGGCUGCGGCAGCUCAGCAACGCAAGUCAACGAAUGAGGAUAGUGAAGGAGAGGCCACAACAGCCCGAAGAAGAAGAGGGCCCCAGGAAGAAAGCCAGGAAUGAAGACCUGAACGCUGCUCCCAUCCCUCAAGGUCGAACGAGGAGCUCACAGAGGGAAUCCACAGCCGCCAGGAAAGUUACAGAAGUGGCGAAAGCUGUAUCUGGCAGCAACCCCGGGGCCAGGGAGCCCACAAAACGGGUCAGAGGGGCUCCUGCUCCAGAUCGUGGGCUAGAAGGACAGAGGGAGCAUCCAAGGACUCGGGCCAGCAAGCUCUCCAGCAGUAGCAGCAGUGCUUCUGUGAGCACCCCAAGCCCAAAGGAUUCUGGGAAAGACGCCAAGCCUGCGCAGGAACCCGUCUCCACUCCGUCUUCAGGAAGGAGGUUGCGGUGUCACAGCCCAGAGAGCAAAGCGACAAGUCAAAAAGCUUCAUCAGGGAGUCGCAGCCGCCGCGCCACUGGACCUGGCAGCCCUGCCCCCAAGGUGCUGUUCACAGGUGUAAUUGAUGAGGAAGGAGAGCGGGUGGUGGCCGAGUUGGGGGGUACUCUGGCGGAAUCUGUCUUUGACUGCACUCACCUUGUGACGGACCGCGUACGCCGCACUGUCAAGUUCUUGUGCGCCCUGGCUCGGGGAAUCCCCAUUGUGACGCUUGAUUGGCUGGAGAAGAGCAGACGGAAUGCUUUUUUCCUGGCACCAAACAACUUCCUUGUUCGGGACCCUGAGCAGGAGAAGAAUUUGCGGUUCAACCUCUCCACCUCGCUGCAGACGGCACAGCAGAAGGGAGCCCUGUUCCAGGGCUACGAGAUCCAUGUCACGCCCAACGUGAAGCCAGAACCGGAACACAUGAAAGACAUUGUUAAAUGCAGUGGUGGGACAUUAUUACCAAGAAUGCCACGGGCCUUUAAGGAGAAACGUAUUGUGGUAUCCUGCCCUGAGGAUCUGUUGCGCUGCAAACCAGCUCAGGAGGCCAGAGUCCCCAUCACCAACGCGGAGUUCAUCCUGACGGGUAUUCUGCAGCAGACGGUGGACUUGGAGGCUCACCGCCUGGAUGGAAAUACGGGUCCAUCUCCUGCUUCCAGCCCCCUUGUUCCCUCUACCAGAACCAGCAAGAGGCGGGCAGCCACACAGACGGCCCCAGCUCCGCCCAGCACAGCCAAGAGACGACGCUGAUUCCCCCAAGGGCGGCACUGCCUUAAAAUUGUACAUAUGGGUUUGGUUUUUUUGCCCCGCUACCAAUAAAUGGGCUUUGAAAAGACUUUUGAUGGUUUUGGAAUAGGGUCUUAGCAAUUGGACAGGGCGCUAAAUUAAAUGGGGGAGAG